AAUAUUUGGUCAUGGUGCGAGUUUGAGGCUUAAUUAAUUAAUUCAUUUGUUUAUUUAUUUAUUUAUUUAUUUGCUUGUAGCAAGGAGGAGCGACCAUGGUACGCGGAUGAAGCCGUGUUGAGGAUCAGCACAGCCUUCAACCUGGGUCUAAGAUAUGGCCUCUUACUCAGAGGUGCACGGGCCGGGCCGUGCCAAGAGCAUGCCAGGCUAUAGUUUUGGGGUGCGCUCAUACCUGCAUUAUUUCUACGAAGAAUGUACAGCCUCUGUAUGGGAUCAGGAGGACAUUCAGCAUCAACGUUCACACCAGUGGUGGAGUUCAGGCCUCUGCAAGAUUUCUCUUGCAGUCGGAACGGUCCUAUUAGCCCUGGGGUUAGUGGUGUUGGCCGUGGGGUUUGCUGUUCCAACUCGAAUCGAGGCAUUUGGCGAGGGUGAAUUGCUCUUCGUGGACCGGCAUGCUAUGCGACACAACCAGGCCCUGAGCAUUUGUGUGCAGGCUGGCACUGGGAUGCUGACCCUGGGGGGCCUGAUGAUGACCGCUGGCCUGCUGCUGUCUGCUUUCUCCAGACCCACAACCAGUCCACAGCCUCCUGGGAAAGAAAAGAAGGGCAUCAUGGGGAGGGGAGGUGGAGCGGAUGGAAAGAGCCCAACAAAUGUUCUCACUAAAGCUCCCACUCCAGCUGCAGGUGAUGCAGCUGUGCCUGUUGCUCUAUCUAAAGUGGAGAAUGUCCAGCCAUAAGUAACCUAAAUAAUCCUACCCUACUGAAGACCUGGAUACACUAGGCCAGUUUGUUCUGAUGCAGUUAUUUGGUGUUGAGUUAAAAUGUAAUGUAAAAAGAAAUAAUUCUGGUACAUUAAAGUCACAGUAUUUUAAGUAAGGAAUGAAACAUGAUUGGGCGUGAUGACACUGAAUCUUAUUGUGUUUGUACAUUGGCAAUAAAGAUAUACAUUUGUUAGAAAAAUGAUCCAUGAUGGCAUGGUGUGAUAUCUAUAACAGCACAGGAUGAGGUGUUUUAUUCCUCUUAUACCACAGCAAGUUGUCAACAAUUUAAUUAAAUGUUCAUUGGUAUCACUUAUAUUCUUCAGCUAUAAAUAGACUUUCCCUCAGCAGCCUCUCCUUUUUCAUCUCUCUUAAAGUUAUUAAGUCAAAAAACACUUGACUUGACAGCUUGUCAUGUUGCCAUGAAACCAGAAAUCUUAAGAAAAAAUCUUAAAACUAAUCUUAAGAAGGCUUUUGACACUAGAAACAUCUUCUUUAAAUGUUAAUUAUUUGUAAUCCAUUUAUUAUUAUCCUCGUGUUGUCAGUUCUAUGAAGGAGUUACUACACUACAGAAAAGAUAUAUAGAAAAUUGUAAAGCUAUAAAAAAAAAAGUUAUAAAAAUUUAUAGAAAAUGAAUCAACACCUUUGGAUUCGAGAACUCGACAGCGCUGCGGUGUAAUAAAGAAUGAAACAUUUCUGCUGCUGCUGUUUCUAUCUGAAAAACAAAGAGAUCUACUAUGGCAGAAAACAAGAAAUUUUCCAAUGAAAUUUUUAUCAGAAGCAUAUUAUUGCAGUUUGUCUUUGCUUUAUGUUUAUUCGAGUGAGUCGGCAGCUGAGUAUAUUUCAAAGGGAGAGUUAAAUAAAUGCAAAGCCACAAUUUAAUACAUGAUGUAUUGUCAGGAGACUCAUUGUGUGGGACUGACUUUGUGUAUCCAGGCCUUUUUCUCAAGCUAACGACAAAACAGGGUUGAUAUAUUCGAGAAAGAAAAGUGCAAUCGUUUCUUGUGUAAUCAUCUGUUCAGUCUCAAAACGAUUUCUUAUCUAGGGUUCAGUUUUAACGUGUUUAAUUGUUAAAGUCUUUAUCUUUUUCUUAAGCUUAUCAUUAUAUUAAUCUGUGCUGUUUUUUAUGAUUUUUUGA